GGAAGUCCAUGGCAUAAACACCUUGAAACAUGAUAACCAUCUGAAUAAUAAGAGUAUGGCCUUAUAAUUUCCAAUGUUGCCUCUCUUCCCAUUUCCUUGACUUAAAUGGGGCUUCCUGUUCUAUGAACCAAAAUGACAACACAAAAUUUCAGUGCAUUGCCCUCGCUGAGGAGACAGCAUCUACUUGCCGAAUUCACUGGUCUCAAGCAAGUUUGCCCCGAUGGGGUCUAUGUAGCCCUGACGCCUGGUGAUCCGAGCCUUUGGUCAGGUGCUAUCUUCGUGCGUGGUGGCCCGUAUGCUCCGGCCGUCAUGCGCUUCCAGAUUUCCUUUCCGGACUCGUAUCCCAAGUUACCGCCUUUAGUGACGUUUUCAACUGAUAUGUUUCAUCCUUUGAUCACACCUCUCAGCACAUACAUGUAUUCCACGGACGUGCAGGAUAACGGCACAGUCAGUGCAACCGAUGAGGAGCGUCUGCCGCCUGGCGGCUUCAGUUUGCGGCACGGGUUCCCGGACUGGUUUGGUCGUCGGGGGCGGAAAGCAGCGCAAGGAAAACAGUCCAGCGGGGAUCAGACAGCCCGAAUGACUCCACAUCGACCACCGCCGCCCGCAGAUCUUAGUAGCGGAGGUACACCUACUAGCUCAAGGAACUCAGCCAUAAGCCAGUCGCCUGGAUUCUUCGAAAGGAGAAAGGAAGAGAUAUCCGUAUUCGCUAUCCUUCUUUAUAUCCGUAGCGCGUUUGAUGACGAGAAUGUCCUGGACACGAUACCACUCGAAGCCGCUGGGAACCCAGGUGCAUGGCAUGCCUGGAGGACUCAUCGCAUCGAGAAGGGGAAAGAGUUUGAGUCGUUGCCGCCAUCAGCCGAUAAAAAGCCUGGUGAGUGGAACUGGGAAGGCGUUUGGGAGGAGAGAGUAAAGAAGGGCAUUACGACCUGUUUGUCGGAAUCUGUCAUGUUUGGUAGUGCCGGCACGGCCGAUGAUGUUAUACGGUUUCUCAACAUGGGAGAGGACGACCGCAACGCUGUAAAGGAGAAUCUGUUACGCACCGUGGAUCAUCCUUCCUGAUAUAUCUCUUACAUUGCCAGGCAGGCACUUAAACAGAUACCUAGGGCCUUAGAUGCCCUCACCUUUGCGAAGUCACAUUUAAAAGGAAGUUAUCCUGGGAUCAGAUUAACCUUUAUCUAUUCAGAUCGUAUACAUGCUUUGCAUCGACGGUUAAGAGCACGUAUCAGUUGUUGUUUCCCGAAUUUUCUUCAUAAUACGUAGGCAUGAUCCGAACCGUGCGCCGCAGCUUCUGUUUCACCACCUUAGU